AUGGCUUCGUCUUCAAACACUCAACAAAAGGUUUCGUCUUCUCAACAACAAGAACAAGAUCAAAAGCAACAACAAAAUGUUCCACAAAAGACUUGUCUGAUUCCUAUGAACGAAUUAGAAGUUCUUGCUGAAAUGAUGGUCGAUUUUGAUAAUCUGGAAGAACAUGACAUUCAUUUGAAGGAUGACAUGAUAUUUCAGGGUUGGGAAGCAUUCUUCUAUCGUUUGUGUGGACCAGUUUUCCCAAAUUUAGUUAAAGAGUUUUGGGUUCAUGCUACGAUUAUGCCAAAAGAUAUUCUGUCCUUUGUUCAUGGCGAAGAAAUAUCCAUUACAGAAAAUCUUCUCAGAAGAUUGUUUGGUCUGGAAAAUGUUGAAGGUGCUUCUGGAGCAAUUAUUGGAAGAACAGAUUGGGACGCUGUUUAUACAGAAAUCUUCAAAUCUGGAAAAGAGUCUACAAUCAUCAAGGAAUUGAAGGAUCCCUACAAAAUUUGGGCGAAGAUCCUUUUGGGUUGCAUCUACCAUAGAAAGGCAAUUGUUUCUCAUAACUAUGUGAACAAGGAUCAACAAUACAUUCUGUAUUGUCUUGGUAAACAAGAGAAGGUGGAUCUUCCUUACAUCAUUUUCAAGUACAAAAGGAACAUCAUUCCUUUUGGAAUCAUGUGA